AUGGCGACAGUUAGUAGUAACUCUUCAAACAAUGCCAUUGCUGUGGCUGGAUUCCCAGCAGGAUAUCCAACCAGCGACACAUCCAGAAAGACAAAGCUUCCACCAAAACCCGAAAACUUACCGCAUCCCGAAUAUGUCACGCCAAGAGGUGUAUCUCCCUUGAUAUCUGUACCAAAAGCAGGGUUACAAUAUCCCAAUUAUACGCCUUUUAAACUCCCCGACCUAGUUGAACAUCCUUUCGUUGAUAGAGGAAUCGAUUCAGAUCCAAAAAAGAGCAAACUUCUGGGAGCAGCAUCGGAAAUAAAGCAUCUAACCCCAGCUAUUGGAACUGAGCUCGUGGGGAUUCAGCUCACAUCUCUCGAUGACACGCAAAAGAAUGAACUCGCCCGCUUGGUGGCAGAACGAGGAGUAGUGUUUCUGCGAGAUCAAAAAAUGGAUGUUCAUGAACAGAUAGAAUUCGGAUCUUAUUUUGGAGAACUUCAUAUCCAUCAGAUGGCGGGGAUCAUACCUGAUUUGCCAUGGGUUCAUCCAAUUCAUAAAGACGAAACUGCCAAGAAUGGUAGAUCACAUCAAAUAUGGCAUUCGGAUGUGAGUUAUGAGAUUCAGCCACCAGGACUGACAUUUUUGAGAAUGGACACCCUUCCAAGGGCUGGACCUGAUGGAUAUGAAGCUGGCGGUGAUACAAUAUGGGCGAGUGGUUAUGGUAUCUAUGAAUCACUAUCUACAAUCCUAAAAGGCAUUUUGGAAACUCUGGAAGCAAAACAUAGUGGCCUUGAACAAGCCGAGAAAGCACUUAAAGGUAAUGGAUGCCUUCGAAGAAAUCCUAUUGAGACAAUACACCCAGUAGUGAGGACACAUCCAGUAACUGGACAAAAAACUUUAUAUGUGAAUGAAAACUUUACCAAGGAGAUUGUUGACGUCGAAAAGCGAUUCAGCGACUCACUUCUUGAUUUCCUCAAUCGAACCGUUGCUGAGGCAUACGAAUAUCAAGUGAGAUGGAAAUGGACCACCAAUGCUGUCGCGAUAUGGGAUAAUCGCGCUACUUUCCACACCGGAAUAUUUGACUACUAUCCUCACCUUCGACAUGGUUUGCGUGUUGCCACUCAAGCAGAAAAGCCCACCAAAUGA